AUGUCUAGAACUCGAGUCGGUCCUGGCCUCGCCUUUCAACUUUUUGCCCUAGUGAAAUUCCUCUUCACUCUCUACCUGGCCGUGAAUCGUCCGUGGACUCCAAUCGAGAUUCCCUUCGUUUUGACGAUUUUGGCGCUCGAUGCGAUUUUUCUGGUCUCGGCCACGUUUCAAGACCGCUUCACACUCGCUGUCUCCUGGCUCAUCUUUGUAAGUUUACAGCAUCAUGGGUUCGGCCGUCGAAAUUUCAAUGAACACCAAGCGAUGUUCCGAUUGAAUAAUCUGAAAGUCAAUCUUUUUUGCAAACAUUUUUGAAAGUCAUAUGAACACAUACUCGUAAAUUUUCCGUCGGCUGGGUUUGGUCAGUUAUCGACAGAAAAAAUGUUCGUACACUAAUUUUUUAACAUACAAACCUUCCAGAGCAUUCUAAUCUUCUCGUUGCUGUUCUCGACGCUCUUCUUCUCAAUCUUCAUGCUCGUCCUCUACUUCCACCUCUCCGACGUCUACAAUCACAAAGUUUCCGAGCAGUCCGUCGCCGUCUGGGAGAAAUUUUGCAAAGAUUUGGUGUUCUCGAUGCGCAGACUCCAGCUCGAGUUGCACAUUUUCAACGGACUCGAGUCGGACACCGGAAUGCCCAUCGAGCUGAUCGUCAACAUUUUGGGCAUCGGAAUGAUCGUCCAGCUGUUCCUCGUUCAUUCCACGUGCAUUGCGCAGCAAGAGGAACGGGAGUGGAAAGAAAAGAAGGCGACGGAAUUUGUCGUCUAG